GGGAGGCGUCACGUGACGGCCGGCGAAGAUGGCGGCGCCCAGCAGCCGCGGCCCGGCGCUGUCCCUGCGCGUGGUGGCCGAGUGCGGGCUGAGCAAGGCCCGGGCCUGCGAGCUGCGGCUGCCGCACGGCCCCGUGCUCAGCCCGGUCUUCAUGCCCGUGGGCACGCAGGGCACCAUGAAGGGGAUCACGGCCCGGCAGCUGGAGGGGCUGGGCUGCCGCAUCUGCCUGGGCAACACCUACCACCUGGGCAUGAGGCCGGGGCCUGAACUCAUCAAACAAGCCAGCGGCCUUCACGGGUUCAUGAACUGGCCACAGAACCUGCUCACGGACAGCGGCGGGUUCCAGAUGGUCUCCCUGGUGGAGCUGUCCGAGGUGACGGAGGAGGGCGUCCGCUUCCAGUCUCCGUACAAUGGGGAAGAGAUCCUGCUGACGCCGGAGAAAUCCAUCGAAAUCCAGAACGCGCUGGGCUCAGACAUCAUGAUGCAGCUGGAUGACGUGGUGAGCAGCACCAUCACGGGGCCCCGGGUGGAGGAAGCCAUGUACAGGUCGAUUCGCUGGCUGGACCGCUGCAUUGCCGCCAACAGCAAACCCGACGAGCAGAACCUCUUCGCCAUCAUCCAGGGUGGGCUGGACCCUACCCUCCGCACCAAGUGUUUGGAAGAGAUGACGCAGCGGGACGUGCCCGGCUUCGCCAUCGGGGGGCUGAGCGGCGGUGAGGCGAAAGAUCACUUCUGGAGGAUGGUGACCCUCAGCACCGACCGUCUCCCCAGGGGGAAGCCCCGCUACCUCAUGGGGGUUGGCUACGCCACGGACCUGGUGGUCUGCGUUGCCCUGGGCUGCGACAUGUUUGACUGCGUCUUCCCCACCCGGACAGCGCGCUUCGGCUCGGCCCUGGUGCCCUGGGGGUCCCUGCCAGUGAAGAACAAGCAGUUUGCCAAGGACUUCCGGCCCAUCGACGAGAACUGCGACUGCCCCACCUGCUGCAGGUACAGCCGGGCCUUCCUGCACGCCCUGGUCCGCAGCGAGACGGUUGCCAUGCACCUCCUCACAGUACACAACAUCGCCUACCAGUUGAAUCUGAUGCGGUCGAUCCGGGAGAGCAUUGUGGAGCAGAGGUUCCCGCAGUUCGUUCGGGACUUCAUGAGAACCAUGUACGGCAGCCGGGAGCGGUACCCGCCGUGGGCUGUGGAGGCCCUGGCCUCGGUCAAUAUCACCCUGGAGUGACGGGGGGUGGGGGAGGUUGUUUUACACUCCCUGUCCCCUCCAAAGAAGAUGAGCUUGGAGGAGCACAGAGAAUCUCUUCUUGACCUGGAUUAUCCCAGCUCUUCCCACCCCCAGCAGAUCCCCCGAGAGUCGGAGGGGUCAGACCUGUAGCCUACCUGGCCCCAUCUUCUGAUGCCCGUACCCAGCGAUGGCUGUUCUUCGCAGCAACUCCACCAUGGGACGAGGGGGGGUCGGUGAGUCUGCAGCACAGAGCUCCUCUGUGCAAAGGGUUCUGGGUAACACAGGAGCCCUCAAUCAGGAUUGUGGCAGGAGCAAUGCCAGUGCCUGGGUUGUGGGGUCGAAAGAGUUAAAAUCCAGCAGCCUCCAAGCUCAUUAAGAAGGGGGCGUGGGAAUGAUUUUAAACUUUCUUUUUGUUUUACUGUCCCGUCCCCCCUUUUGUACACGGUUUGUAAUUAACAGUUGGGUUUUUAACAAGGCGGAGCCAGGUGCUCCGCUCCCCACUGGGCCUGGCACUGCCCGUCAGCCCCCAAUAAAGGCUGUGAAGCUGCCAGUGGAAAUGGA